UGUACUCGCAGCUUUCAGUCCGGUGCACGGUGGAAACAUGUCGGGAGGGAGAGACCUCCGAGGAGGAAGUGCGUUUAUGAAAGGCACACCCGAGACCCAAACGCCACAGUGAGCAGCCGGGACGGACGGUGGCGUUUUAUGCGAGGUUAGAGCAACUGCCUGAGGCUGCGUUACUGUUUCACGAGGGCGGGCCAGUCGGUGUCGGAUGGACGGACAGAGGCAGACAACCGGGGCUUGACACGAAGUAGCCCUAGCAGGUAGGCAGGCAGGCAGGUAGGCAGGCGGCCGGACCGGAGAGAGAGAAAGAAAGAAAGAAAGAGAGAGAAAGAAAAGAAAAAGAAAAAGGAACAGCGUGUGCGGGCUCAAAACAAGACGGGGCCGCUCCUAGCCGGGGGAUGUUAUCCGUACUGUCUUAUGGCAGACUGGUAGCCAGGGCUGUCCUGGGCGGACUCUCUCAGACUGACGGUCGGGACUACAGCCUGAUCACCGCCAGUUAUGGCUUCGGUAAAGACUUUCGCAAGGGGAUCCUGAAGAAAGGGAUGUGCUAUGGGGAUGACGCCUGCUUCAUAGCUCGGCACAGGACCGCCGAUGUCUUGGGUGUAGCAGAUGGCGUAGGUGGUUGGCGUGAUUAUGGUGUUGACCCGUCGCAGUUCUCUGCCACCUUAAUGAGAACGUGUGAGCGACUGGUGAAGGAGGGACGCUUCACUCCCAGUUAUCCAGUGGGCAUCCUGACCUCUGGCUACUAUGAGCUUCUACAGAACAAAGUUCCACUUCUAGGGAGCAGCACAGCCUGUAUCGUGGUUCUGGAUCGACGGAGCCACCGGCUACACACAUGUAACCUUGGUGACUCAGGUUUCCUGGUGGUCCGGGGCGGAGAGGUGGUUCAUCGCUCGGACGAGCAACAGCACUAUUUUAACACACCCUUCCAGCUGUCCAUCGCUCCUCCGGGAGCCGAAGAGGUGGUGCUCAGUGACAGUCCUGAAGCAGCUGACAGCUCCUCCUUUGACGUGCAGCUCGGUGACAUCAUCCUAACGGCAACCGACGGCCUCUUUGACAACAUGCCAGACUAUAUGAUUCUUCAGGAGCUCAAAAAACUCAAGAAUACCAACUAUGACAGCAUCCGGCAGACUGCACAGAGCAUUGCAAAGCAAGCUCAUGACCUUGCAUACGAUCCGAACUAUAUGUCUCCUUUUGCACAGUUUGCCUGUGACAAUGGCCUGAAUGUAAGAGGAGGUAAGCCAGAUGAUAUCACGGUGCUGCUGUCCAUUGUGGCUGAAUAUACAGACUAAGAGUGUGUGUAUGUUACUGUGUGUGCUUCUCUGGGGCUGAUCUUUCCUUCCCAUCUGCCUGAGUCUUCCACCUGCAGCCCUCCCAAAAUGCACUGCAUCCUGUGGGCCAAUUGGAGAGGCCCACCAACACGACACAAACUCCUUCUGCAGGGCUGACGUCCACCUGUGUAACAUUUUGUUUUCUUCCUCUGUUUUGUUUUGGUGCUUGAAAAGUUGAAGGGAAGCAGGCAGCUAGGACUUUUCCCUGUUGAUCAUGAUGCAGGAGGAGCCAAGCAAAGUGGGUUGAAGGGUUUGCCUGUCAGUCUCCCAUGUCUCAUUGUGUGACAUCAACACUUUUUAGGUGACGUGAGGAAGAGACAGUCCACAAUAGUUUGGAUUAACUAGGGGUUUUAAAAUCUGGUAGCCCUCGUGUUUUUAAAAAGUGAUAUUAUAAAAGGAGUAAGCCAUGGCUUUGGAUUGUUAGAGUAGUUAUAGAAUUGACUAAUCUGUCUCUGUUGUUCCAGUUGUUAAUCUGUUCCAUGUUAUAAACGUGUUUGAACAAAGCAUAUAGAUGGACUGGGGAAGCUGAUGUUGGGAGUGGAUGGGUGUUACUGGAGAAUGAAAAGUAAGAGUUUGGUUUGUGAAUGUUUAACCAUGGAGGAGGUAACUAGUAAUUUGCUCGGAUCAAAGAAAUCUGUAAAAAGAAACCAUAACACUUGUUAGAGUUCACAUGUGAAGGUUAAUCAGGUUUUAUCACUUGGCUGUGGAAUCUGUCGGUGCGCACAUCCUGAUAAGUUGUAAAUAUUUCUGUGGUUUCAGGGCUACGUUCUGGCCUUUCUGUUGUCUCUGCUUUGUUAAAGCAAAGAGCUAUUUCAUUACUGUUGUGGAAGAUGUACACAUGCAUUCAUAAAUAUAUUUUCUUGUAUAGAUGUUAAUCUUGAAGUGAGCUUUAUCAAUCCCACACUUCCACUUGCUGAAAUGAACAAGAAGAUAUUUGCUGAGACUGACUGCUGCAGUUGUGUGGUAGGAAGGAUGUUAAAAGUGUGUGUGUGUGUGUGUGUGUGUGUGUGUGUGUGUGUGAGUGAUAGAUGUGACAGGUUGUUAUUGACGUAUGUGGGGUAUUCAAUGUUAAUAUUGGUUAUCUCACAAAGCUAAAGCUAGCAUCUGGGAAUGCUUACAAUUGCAAUGAUAGGUCAGGCAUGAAUUUAAAGGAAAAGAUGUAUUUUUUUAACGUUAUUUGGAUUUAAAAGUAAGAGUUUGAGUGUCUGCUGACAUGAAGUGUGUGUGAUGGAUGACAAAAAGAUCCAGCUAUCCUAGAAAGAAUUUGUGUGUGUGUGAUUUGUUUUUAUUUCUUAUUUCCCAUUACAUUUGUUUGCUGCUUCUCUUUUGUAAUUCAGAUGUCUUUAUGACUUGACAUGAUUUAUAUGAACAUGGUUAUCAUGAUUGUAGUGAGUGUCUGUAAAUGUGUGUGUGUGUGUGUGCUGGAUUUCAUCCAAUUACAUUAAUCAAAGAUACUGAUAAUACUGUUCUGUUCAUGAUAGUCUUUCCCUUUGUCUAACAGCCUACCCUAAUGGUUUGGACAAUGUCUUUACAGUUUAAAAGCAGGUGCACCAAAGACACAUUUUCUUUGUGUAUGUCAUUAUGCUUUGUUGUUUUAAACAUCAUAUAGCAAUACUGCAAAUUCCUUGUAGUCCGAGUCUAGUGCGAUUGGUUUAAAAUAUACGUGACUGGUUAUCUGUAACAAAGUUAGACAGGUUUAUAAAACCAAAGAAGGAAAGCCAUAUAUAAAUGCAAGAUUAGGGCACUGCUCUGCAAGCCUUGCUCUAAAGAUAACAUUGUGUUGGUGGAGACCAAUAUUGUCACUGUGUUGUUCUUUUUAAUGGUCAUGGUAUAAAUUGUACAGUUGCUGCCAUAGCUGAAUCCACUGGUCCUGCAUGUGUCUUGCAUUACAAAGCAGGAUUCUACAAACAGUCCAUUAAUCUGAUGGAUCAGCAGUGCAACAAAUGACCACAUUUUACAUUAAUCCAAAUUUGACUGGUGUUUCUUCCCCAUACACAUCAUGGCAGUUAUUUGAAUAUUAUGUGUCCUACUGUCUGCACCAUGGUUUCUGUCUUAGCUAUUUGCGCCAUUUUACAAAGUUCAUUACACACAGUUCUAGUCAGUUCUUGUCUUUAAGAUGGUUCUGGUACAAAUUUUCUGAACUUGUAUCUACUUCAAAGAUAGCCCUAUAUUUGACAGAGAGAUGUAACCCGUAUGCAGAAGGAGGGUUCGUGAGAUGGGUAAUUCUGCUGUGAACUUACAUUAUGAUGGUAAGCACAGUUUCAGCCUUAAAAAACAGCUAGACCUGUAAUCAAGAGGCCUUUCCUGUCAUUGCAAGCUUGUCUCGUCUCGGUUACGUUGACCAGUGUUUGAUGUAAAUGAAGUCUGCCCCCAUUCUCUCUCUCCUGUAAAGUUGUUCUCAAAGGUGCUUCUGCAGUCUGUAUGGUACGAUUGUCCUCUUUCCAGCAAGCGAUGUUUAUGUGUAUGAAAGAUACACCUAUGUCAUUGUAUAUAAAGUGUAACAAUGCAGGUCUAAUUUAUGUAAAUAUGUUUUAAAAUAUUAC